ACAAUAAAUUACAUAAUCCCUCACCCCAGUUUCCUAGAAACUCCCUUCAACUCGUGCAUGCAUGAACCUUACCCAUUUCCCUCUCCAUAUAUAUAACUUCCCCGACAACCAUCACUCUUCUAAGUGUCACACUCUAAAACACAAACAAACCCCAAAAAAAGAAAAGAUGAAAGCAAUGAAACGCUGCUCUUCAUCAUCUUCCUCUUCUUAUUCUUCUGCUUCUGAGUCCACCCCACAAAGCAAUCAAAAUAAAAAUAGUAAUAACUUUUGCUACAAAAUAAAAGGCCCAUGGAGUGCCAAGGAGGAUCGGAUUCUGACCGGCCUCGUGGAGGCCCAUGGCCCGAGAAACUGGGCCUCGAUAAGCCGUCACAUUAAGGGUCGGUCCGGGAAGUCCUGCCGGCUUCGGUGGUGUAACCAACUGAGUCCAACGGUGGAGCACCGACCCUUCUCCACGCGCGAGGACGAGGUUAUAUUACACGCGCACGCGCGGUUCGGGAACAAGUGGGCCACCAUCGCGAGAAUGCUACCGGGCCGAACCGACAAUGCCGUCAAGAACCACUGGAACGCCACGCUCAAGCGGCGUCGUUUUGGUGCUGACGUGGUGGUGGAGGAUGAUCCGUUGACCGCGUUGACUCUGGCGCCGCCCGGGAGUGGUUGUUGUGGCCGUGGAGAGGAGCGGCGGGGAGUUUCGCCGGCGGGGUUUUGGGAUGCGAUGCGGGACGUGGUGGCGAGGGAAGUGAGAGGGUACGUGUCUUCCUCGUUUUCUGACAACUUGGCCUCUAAUGAGGGAUUAUCCAAAUAUUAAUGUUUUUUUUUUCAUGAUUUAUUAAGGGAAUUUAUGUGGUUUAGUUAUUAUUGGACUUCAGGACCCAUAAGGGGAACAGUUCAGUGUAAAAUUUGUAUUAUUGAUUAAUUAAAAAUCAAUUUAAAUAUCAUACUACUAUUUCAUAUGUAA